AUGGGCAACUCGCACUCCGGACCAGCCACUGCCGUUCCUAGCCCACGGCCUGACAGCCGCUUUCUGCCUCCUGUCACUACCUUUGCGACCACUAACUUGAAACCUGAUGACUUCGAGCGGCUCAGGAUUGGGGAGUUCUACGACACUCCACUUUUCGUUGAACAACUGCGACACUUGACCUCCCGACACCCGAACGCACGGGGAACUCGAGACCUCGAAUAUGGCUACCGCCUCGACGACAUGGCAUACAUCAAGUACGACCUCCUCCACGCCGCAACUUUGGCAGCCAUCAACUGGGUAAUGCCGAACCAUACCAACAGGCCUCUGAUGCAGCGAGAACUAUGUGACAACUGGUGGAGGUCCACUGCCAAAAAGAUCAUUGAAGUACUCAAAAAGCUCAAGGGAAGGAAGUUGAAGGGCUCAAUACUCCUGGACAAGCUUGAGAAAGCCUUGAAUGCCGGCAAUUAUGGAGCUUCGUCGAGUCACCCUGAGGGUAUUCAUUAUGCUCCCGCGAUUAUUGCGCAGAUGCCCGAGAGCCAACGAGCGGAUUUCGAGACGCAUUUGGAGUGGGUGCUACAUAGGGUUGUGGAGGUUGCGCAGCGGGCUCAUAAGGAUAAGUUUGGAUGGUGA